AAGAACCUGUUGGAGCCAGCAUCGUCCCAGAGCGUAAUUUCCGCCUUCCCCGCAAGCCGCUAGUAGCGACUUCCCGCAGCACCCCUCUGGCGCGAUAGCUAAGAGAGCUCUCGCCAGCAGCGCGCAUCGCACAAAAGUCAACCACCGCAGUCUCCAGCAGCAGCGCAGGCCGUUGAACAGCCAAGCCGUGAUCGCUGCUAUUCCCCCUGGGCUCCUGAGCUCCUGAGCUCUCCACGCAUCUUCACCCACCCAGGUUCCACUGCCAGCGUGAUCGACCGCGCAGGCGCCAUAUUCCAGCCAUCAUGUAUCCCCAUUCUCGUCAGAGCAACCAGUAUCCUAUCCCAGCACCACCACCACAGCAGCAGCGACCAGGCGCUGGGCCGCUGCCUCCACCACCGCAACUUCACGACCCUACCCAACAGAUAAUGCAUCUUCCUGCACCCGGACAGCAACAGCAACCUCCGCCGCAGCAAAUGCAACCCCAGAUCUUGUACCGCGAUAUGCCUCCCAAUGACCAAAAUGGCGACUACGUAGGCCAGCACAACGGCAAGACCUACAGGUUACGAGUCGACCAGCAGCCCAUCAGAGCCCGAAUGUGUGGUUUUGGCGACAAGGACCGACGCCCCAUCACUCCGCCUCCUUGCAUCCGCCUCAUAUUGUGCGACGCCGCAACAGGACAGGAAAUUGAUGCUAACGAUAUCGACACUACCUUCUACACACUGGUAGUCGACCUCUGGCAUGAGGAUACCUCGCGCGGCGCAUGCAACUUGGUCCGCCACAGCAGCGCUGCGCCGACUGUCAGUAUCAGUAGCAGCGUAACUACCUCUUUCCCUCCUGCGCCAGAUCGCCAAAUGUUCUUGGGUCACAUGUCGUACAAUGCCUACGGCCAGCCAGUACCAGCACCGCAUCCAUAUGGUCAGCCGCAGUACUACGGCGGUCAGGCGCCUCCUGGGUUUCCGUCAUACGGCGCAAACUACGCUCAGCCAGCCGUUCCUGCAACUAAUUCAAGCUCGAACCACACGCGGAACCUCAUCGGCCAGACCUCAGUCAACGCUUUCAAGCUGAAUGACCCAGAGGGCAAACCUGGCUUCUGGUUCGUCCUUCAAGAUCUUUCUGUGCGCACUGAGGGCACCUUCAGACUAAAAUUCAUGAUCUUCAACAUCGGCAGCGGCGAGAACGUUAACAGCAUCCUUGCGCACGGCGAGAAGACUCCCAUGCUUGCCUCCUGCUUCUCGGAUCCAUUUACCGUUUACUCCGCGAAGAAGUUCCCUGGUGUCAUCGAGAGCACGACUCUCAGCAAGUGCUUUGCGCAGCAGGGUAUAAAAAUUCCAAUUCGCAAAGACGGACCCCGCACCUUGGCCAAUCAGUCCGAGUACGAUGCUGAUGACUGAGUGUAGGGAUGAAGAUUCCGAUUCGCAAGGAUGGCCAAUAUGGCCCUCGGAUGUGUCAAAAGACGAAAUAUGAGGACGACGACGAAAACGUUGUCGAUCAACCCUGAGCUGCACGACCUACGUUUCUAAGAGAUUCGUUCAAUUUGGUGCUUAAAAGCGAUGCACUGUCUCUCU